AUGGUCGGAAGUAGUUUGACUAACAAAAACUAAGUACACUUGCAACCAAAUAUAAUUUGUAGACUUUAAAAUAGAAAUAAUGCACCUCCUCCUAGACUUUCAUCAGAUGAAUUGAAUAGACUUUUGAUUCAGUUGUGGAAGACAAAUAGACUUAGAGCUUUUGAUGAUAAUCUUAGCACAGAGCUAAGAAGGAGUUUAUUAUAACAAUACUACAAAAGAACCUCUUGGGCUUAUAGUUUACUCAGUGAUGAUGAACGUGCUUAUGCUUAAAAGAUGGCUUUUAAGGUAAUGUCUGCAUGGUUAUAUAUAAAAACUGAAUAUAUUUUAGAUUACACAGAGAAUUAUGUAAGAUAUUAAGUUGGCCAAAGAAAAUUGCUGCUAAAAAAUGUUUAGAAUAUUGCUGUUAAUAUAAAAGCAGCAUGA